CAACAACAACAGCAAUCAACAAACACUCAUCGAAUCCAUCUCUCUCUCACACACACAAAACAACUCAAUCCUCUUAUCUCCUACUUCACAAACAUACACAAUGUCUUCCUCCGGAGCAGGCCAAUCCAGCGUCGGCAGCCGCACCCUCUACGAAGCCGGUGACCAGCGCAACGUGCCCCAGUCUGAGAUCAACGAGCAGAACCGCUACGCAGAGGGUCAGAAGAACAGCCACAAGAACCUUGAUUCGAAGGACCAGCGCUCCAUCGGCAACAAGCUUGCCUCGCAAGAACGCAAGCCCGAGAGCGACCACCACCACAACUUUGUCCAGAACCCUGAGGCUGAGCUCAGCAAGCAGGAUCCUACUAAGCCGGCCAAGGUGCACGGCAACCAGCCUUCCAAGGGUGCUCAGAUCGAUGCCGAAUUGCAGGCUGAGGAUGAGCAGCGCUUGCGUGAAAAGGGUAUCAAGAAAUAAAUGAUGUAAUGAUGGGAUUUGGAUGGAAAAGCUAUAUAUAUCCUGUUCGAAUGACUGCAUGAAUGGCUGACGCCUGGGGCGAU